AGAAUCAAUAGCAGCUGAAGUAAUCAUUCAGAGAGACAGAAGAGGAUACAGUACUAUCUGAAAAUAGUAAAAAGCAACCAACAAAACCUUCCGUGACUGGAGACUCCCACACAGUCUCUGUUUCACCCAAGCUCUGUAACGUUCAAAGCCUUCCUCUUACCAACAGCGGCUUCCUGUUUAUGAACUUCCUACUGCGCGCUGAUGAAGCAGAGACCGUGCCACUUCUGCUUUCCACUCACAACACCUGCUAAACAUAAACUCAAGAGCAAAUAGAACAGAGCAAGGCAUGAUGAACCUGGUCUACGCUCUAAUUUAUGGAUCUAUUAUCAUUCUUGGUCUGCCACUCAACGUCGUGUCUCUAUGGAUUCUGCUUCGUAACUAUGGCUGCACAUCUCCCAUUGCUGUCUUCAUGGUCAACCUGGUGAUUUCAGACCUAUUACUCAUCAUUUCCCUGUCCAUGAGGGUCUACUAUUACGUUAAAGGAGCCUGGCUUCUCGGCAGCAUGGCAUGCAUCUGCUUCACGAUGCUUUUCCGCAACAACAUCCGCACAAGCUCCAUCUUCAUCACCUUCAUCAGCGUGGACCGGCUGCUGGCUGUGGUUUAUCCUCUGAGGUCACGACAUCUUCGAACCACGUCCAAAGCUGUGAGAGGAGUUGUAAUUGUUUGGCUGGUUGUGUUGAUGGUGAAUGUCCCCGAGAGCGUGGGAUACUUCAGAGACAUAAAUGAAACAAACUGUGAUGAAUUUGAAACUCCGAAGACGCUGCUCAACUCUAAAAACAGCACUCUGAAAUAUGACAAACUGAAAAUGGCAACUGGUUAUUUUCAGCUUGUGUUGCUGCUCACCUUGCUGGUGGUCAACAUCGUGUCCACAGUGAUGGUGUCCUGGACGCUCAACAGGCGUUUGAACGAGUCUGCCAAGGUCAACAACAAAAUGAAUGUCAUGCUGAUUUUUGCCAUGAACUUGAUGAUGUUCAUCGUCUUCUUCUUGCCCGUGUCCCUAAUUGUUAUUUUUGAUCACCUGAGACCUCUGUUAAGCUGCCUGGCUAGUGUGAACUGCUGUGUGGAUCCACUGUUGUACUACUUUUCAUUUGAUGGAUUCUGGAAGAAGAAAGAGGACGGGGAGACAUCACUCGCAAGACACGAGUCGGGGAACACGAAGCACAGAGAGGUAGAACUACACAGGAAGUCCUCGGGCAUUACAUGAAACUCUUCGGCUGCGGACAGUGUGUUACAUUUUACUCCGUAAGAAAGGUUUUAAACAACAGAUGGCUUCAUGGAUGACUGGCGGGUGCUUCUGGAGGCCCAGCUCCCACUGGAGGAUCCACUGCUGGAUGGCCUCUCAGAAGCUUCGAGCCUGAUCCAGCCCAAGGAGAGGAGGAUAAAAGACGUGGAUCCAGAGAUGACCCCUACAGGCAGGCUCAGGUGUUGCACCUAGCGGGUUAGCGUUGGUGGUUUAUUGUCGUAAAAGAUACAGCGUAAUUGGAGUGCCACUCCCUUUGGUGCAAAUUGUAAAACAAUACUGGAAAAUUAUACCGAACAAAACAAGUGUAAAAUCAACAGUAGUAUUUACUAAUAUAUAGAAAGAGUAGCAUCAUUUAUGAUGCAAAUCUACAAAAAGCAGAAUCCCCAUCCUCAGGCCACCAAAACAGAUCUCCUCAACACCUUGCUGGCACCUAGAAAUCCUGUCCAUAAAAGUUAUGCGCAGAAUCGGCUACAAAGGGCAGCCUUGGAAGAGUCCAACUCUCACUAGGAAUGAGUCUGAUUCACCGCCUGUCGUACGGACCAAGCUCUGGCACCAGUCAUCCAGGGACUAAGAGUUCCGACAGGCUGAGAGGAUAAAAUUAGGAGUGGUGGUACUGCAUACCUGUGAGGACCGGCGCACUUAAAGCACAGUUUGUAAUGAUAUUGCUCAAAAAGACAAUGCAAUGUUCAGUAAUUCUGAGUAACAAGUUCUGCUUUUAACCUUGUCAAAAAAUGUGGUCCACUUCUGUAGCAGCUGUGGUUCACUGAAGUCCGUAGACAGGAGUCAACUCAGUUGCUAAUCCCUUAUUUUCUAGGUACUUGUCUUCAACAUUAUACCAAUCUCACUCAAACCUGUCCAUCCACUUUACAUCAGCACAGAACUAUUCACUUUCCUUAUCAAGUCCCUUUUAUGCUAGUUGAACAAAUAUAAAAGAAUUUGAAUACUAUAGCUGCACAGGUUCAACAAAAUAACAGCUGCAACUUAUAAAAGUGUAUUUUGAAGACCCAUUCUUGAUUCUCCAUUCUCACUUUUUCAAUUCUCACUAUGACAACCAUAAAUAAAGAACAUUUGGCUUGGAUCCUGCAUAUUGCAGUUCUCUUUUAGAGCCAUCUACACCUGAACAGUCUCAAAUUACUGUGAUGCACAACAACACAGUGUAAAGAAAUAAGGACUGCAGCAACAUGCUAUGCUGCCCUCACAAACUAAACAGUAAAACAAAUACUGUGUGUGCCUCUUGAACCACAUGCAGAAUAAUUUCUCUUUUGCAUAGAUUUGAUUUUUCUGCCUGUGUACAUCAGGGUCAAAGUGUAUGAUAUAGUAAAUGUGAUGCAUUCAAGUGCACAUUAAACAAUUGGAAAUAGCACUUCUUCUGAACAGCUUUUUAAGUGCCUAUUUCUUUACUUGUGUCCUCCCUGGGCUGCCAUCUUUCUGUGGUGAGGUAUCCAAAGAUCCUGGAGCUAAGUU